UUGAAUUGUGGUGUGCCCUAAUUGCGAUACUAUAAACGUCCCGAACUCGGCGAAUCACCGCACCACCUAAACCCAACGGCCUAACCCCCGGUCCCCGUCCGCAGUCGUCAGGUGAUCAAUUUUAUCAUCAGGGAAAAAGAUGUCGGUCGGAGAGCUCGGCUGCACCUACGCUUCUUUGAUUCUCCACGACGAUGGCAUUCCUGUCACUGCAGAGAAGAUUGCUACAUUGGUGAAGGCUGCGAAUUUAACCGUGGAAUCCUACUGGCCUAGUCUCUUUGCCAAGCUCUGCGAGAAGAGGAACAUCGAUGAUCUUAUCGUCAACGUUGGCUGUGGCGGCGGUGGUGCUGCCCCUGCCGCCGUUGCCGCUUCUGCCGGCGCUGGUGGUGCUGCCCCUGCCGCCGCUGCUCCCGCCGCAGAGGAGAAGAAGGAGGAGCCCAAGGAAGAGAGUGAUGAUGAUAUGGGAUUCAGCUUGUUUGAUUAGGUGUUUCUCAAGCUUAUUCUCUUAGAAGAAAAGAAUUAGGAUCAACCAGUUGGAAGUUUUUUGGUAUACUUUUAUGUUAUUUAAAGAUGAUUCUGAUUUACUUUUAUGAUGUCAGUUACUGAUCGGAUAACUAUGAUGCAAAAAGUGUUCUAUAUUUUCAUCCA